AUGCCAAACGUUCCUCGCGUUUUCCUCACCGUUAAUGAUUAUCGACGAUUCGCUGAUACUAAUCUUCUGAAAUCCGCUCGCGACUACUACGAAAGCGGCGCUGAAGAGGAGAAAACUCUCCGGAGGAACGAAGCCGCUUUUAACGACUUUCUCGUUCGUCCGAGAUGUUUGAGAUCCGUGCAAAACGUCGAUACGCGCACGGAAUGGAAUGGGACUAGUGUUCCAUAUCCAAUUGGAAUAGCCCCCACCGCGUUUCAAAGAAUGGCAACGUCUGAUGGAGAAUUGAGCACUGUUAGAGCUGCCGCUGCCACUUCAUCCAUUAUGAUUUGCAGCUCGUGGUCUACUACUUCGAUCGAAGAUAUUGGAAAAGAAGCGAAACAAUGCGGAGCAACGAUUUGGUUUCAGUUAUACGUAUACCGUGAUCGCAGUGUCACCGAAGCACUCAUCAAUCGCGCCGAAAAAUCUGGAGCCAAGGCCCUUGUGCUGACCGUAGACACGCCAGUCCUCGGUAGACGUAUUGCAGAUACCAUAAAUGGCUUCACUCUUCCAAACCACUUAAAGUUUGCAAAUUUCGAUACGGGAGCCUCUCAAGCAAACAUGCCAAAGGGAGAAUCGGGAAAGUCUGGAUUCAUGGAGUACGUGUGUUCCCAAAUUGAUCCUUCCUUAGAUUGGACGACUCUUCGCUGGAUCAAAACCAAAACCAGUCUACCAAUAAUUGUGAAAGGAGUGAUGAGAGGAGAUGACGCAGAAUUAGCUUUGAACGCUAAAGUCGAUGGAAUUAUAGUUUCAAAUCACGGAGGCAGACAAAUGGAUGGGACAAUUUCCACAAUUGAAGCUCUUCCUAAUGUUCUUGCGGCUGUUGGAGGAAAAAUCCCAGUUUACCUUGAUGGCGGAAUUCGCACGGGACGAGACAUUUUCAAGGCUGUUGGUAUCGGAGCAGCAGGGAUUUUCGUAGGAAGACCAAUUCUUUGGGGUCUUGCUACAGACGGAACUCGUGGAGCGACAGGUGUUCUCGACGUCCUUCAAUCGGAAUUCAAACAUUGCAUGCAACUCAGUGGUUUUCGUUCAAUAAAAGAACUUCAAGCUGAUAAAGGAACAAUUGUUCAUGCUUCAAAAAUUGCAAAAAUAUGA